AUGCUUUGCUGUAGAGAACUCAAACUACUCUACGCUACUAUUGUUCUUUUACUGGAAGCCGAGUUGUUGGUUAACACGGGUGCUAUGGAGUCGAAAAGGUCUUCCAUUUUGGUUGCACAGAACGCGGACGACCUAAAAUCUUUGGAGUUAUGUACGACGAGGAAUCAGCAAAGACUGGGCAGCGUGUUCGGAAACUUCACAAGGCACCACAAAAAAGGUCACAGAAGAAGAACUACAACCACAUCCCCAACUCCAACAACAAUAACAUAUACAACAAUAAAAGGAGAAGAAAUAACUGAAGUGACGACAACAACAGAAUAUAUACUUACAACACACCCCAAACUACCUAAGCCACUUCGACUUUCGUCAUUAUUAGAUAAAGAAUAUAAUGAAGAUGUACAUACCGUAGAUAAUAUUAUUGAUGAAGUUAUUGUAGGUAGAGGAAGACACUCCAAACGCGAUAAGAUAACAGAUAAAGAAAUAAUAGAAGAAUUACAUGAAACAUCACUAGCUAAGACUAUGAAUAAAGUUAAGAAAAUGUACAGAGAUUCCACAGCUUCAAACGUAAAUAAAUUAAGUGGAAAAGGCACAAAAGCUGGUAUAUUUUUAACUGAAAACUGUACCACAGUUAUAGCUCAAAUAGGAACCACUGCAAUACUUCACUGUGAAGUUAGUGACAUCACUGAAAAUACGGUGACGUGGAUAAGAAGAAAGGACUAUUCGCUGCUAUCAGUUGGGCUGGUGACGUACAGCGCUGACAGCCGAUUUUUCUCAGCGCAUGGACGGCACGUUAAGGACUGGGCGUUACACAUAAGAUUCGCCACGUCAGCAGAUGCCGGAUACUACGAGUGCCAGGUUCCGACGCACCCGCCUACCAGUAUUUUCUUCAAACUUGUUCUCGUUGCGGCGUACGCAGAGAUUGUAGGUGAAUCAGAAAAAAUAAUCCAUGAAGGAUCAAUGUUGAGGCUGGUGUGCGUGGUGAAGAGGUCUACGGAGCCACCAUCAUAUGUAUUUUGGUACUUCGAAAACAGAAUGAUCAACUAUGAUUUAAAUGGCGUGAGUGUACACAAUGGUCGUCAAACGAGUGAGCUCGUGAUAGGAAAAGCGGAACCGCGUCACGCUGGCAACUACACCUGCGUGCCUGCUAAUGCCAAGGCUGCAUCAGUCACCGUACACGUUGUGCAAAGUGAGACUCCUGCAGCCAUGCAACACGGCAAUAAUUUUUCGGCCACCACUCAACAGACUCAUGCGCUAAUAUAUUAUGUGGUCGUUGUCCUCGUGACAUUGAGGAUGCUGAUCACACAUCACCAGGAAUUUGGAUAA